UUUCUGCAGAUUACUUCUUGCACCAAUGACUUCAACAUUUUGUUUUCUAUAAGAGUAUUGUCUUCAAAUUGCCUUAGCUUACUACGUCCAUACUGUAAAGAUUAACCAACUUUGAGUUUAGUAUUAGUCUAGGAAAAUUUCUUCACUGUUUCAUCACAUUUUUGUGUAUUGGCAUUCCAAUUAUGAAAUGUGCAUAUUUAUCCUACUUUAAAAUUAGUGCAGUCUUGUUUUUGAAAAUUUUCUUUUUAUGUCGUUUCUCUAACCUUGCAUCGUCUUGAUUAAUCAUUAUAGUCACUUCCCUAACCAGUUUCAUUGUUCUUGUGAAACAGUGUUAUCGUAUGCAAGUUUUAGGAAGAUGAAGAAUGGGUUAAUUACCUACUUUAUUUACAGUUAACCCCAAAGAUUGGAAUUGUUUACCAAAUUUUUAUUCACUUGAGAUAAUUGUCCAGUUGGGAGUGGUCACCAUACGGCAGUGAUUGCACAUCACUCGAAACAAAGUGUCUUCAAAUGAGAUUUAAUUUCAGCUCACAAUUCAAGUUUGUUUUGUGAGAAAAACAUAAAAACUUCAAGAUGGCUACAGGUAUGCCAGAUGGGAAUUUUCUCCUGACUGUUUUCCAACAGGUGGACAAAGAUCGCAGUGGGGCUAUUGAUGCAAGAGAAUUACAGUCUGCUCUUUCAAAUGGCAAUUUCACACCAUUUAAUCCAGAAACAAUUAAGCUUAUGAUUGGAAUGUUUGACAAAAAAGGCUCCGGAACAAUUAACUUUGAUGAAUUUGGAGCGGUCUGGAAGUAUGUAACAGACUGGCAGCAGUGCUUUAGGUCAUUUGAUCGAGAUGGUUCUGGCAACAUUAGUAAAGAUGAAUUAAAGACUGCUAUCACUACAUUUGGUUACAGGUUUUCAGAGAAGUUCUAUGAUGUCCUCAUGCAACGUUUUGACAGAACUGGAAGAGGUGGAGUUUACUUCGAUGACUUCAUUCAGUGCUGUAUUGUCCUCCAU